GGAAGAGCAGGAGCGACGGGAGCGCCGCUGCCUGACAAACCCUGACAAGUAAAAGUCGACAGGGGACAAGUUUACGGGAAUUUUAUCUUAAUAAUCCUGCAUAGUGUCUCCUUUUCCCUCCGAGUGGCUGCCUCCGUAGCAGUAGAGAAGCUCUGCUCAGGAAGCCAUGCUAAUAAACAUCUUCCUCUUGCGGUGAGCUGCUGCCUCGAGGACAGUCGGAGGCAUCAUGGCCGAGCUGCCUAUUGCCCCAGGCCAGGUCUACAUCGAGGUGGAGUACGACUAUGAAUACAAGGCCAAGGACCGCUUCAUUGCCAUCCGCCAGGGAGAAUGCUACAUGCUGGUCAAGAAAACCAACGAGGACUGGUGGCAGGUUCGGAAGGAAGAGGGGACUAAGGCUUUCUACGUACCUGCCCAGUAUGUCCGCGAAGUCCGCAAAGCCCUCAUGCCACCUCCUAAACCUCUCCCACACCCUCCUGCUGCCACCGGCAACACGCCUCCACACGGCGGCGGUGCUCUUUGGGUAAAGCCGACCAGUCUGGAGCUGAGUCCCCAGGGCCGGUCCACCGAGAACCUCCACAGAAAAGAGUCCAACUAUCGGCGCUCGCCCUCCGCACAAACUGCCUCCUCUGGGCACUUCAGUCCGCCCAGUCAGCGCAGGGACACGAACCACCAUCACGCCCCUACCACUCCCACCGACCACGACCGAGCUUUGGCCGACAUCCUCGUCCAGGGUGGCGGCCCCCAGCCCGAACACAAGGGAAGGUGCAGCACUCUACCCCGCUCCCGAGCUCGAUCCCCGGAGCUGGUCCGAGCCCCGCUGGACGUGGACAGCACCCAACACUGUGACUCUGCGGGUGAAGAGAGACGCACCAACGACUCGGAGUCAGGAGACGAACUGAGCAGCAGUUCCACCGAACAUCUCCAGACGGUAUCUUCAUCAGGCCAGGGCCGCUCCGAGUCCCCUGUCUACACCAACCUCCAGGAACUGAAGAUCACCCAGACCAACCUGCCGCCUUACCCCUCUGGCUCCCCCGUCCACGUGCUAGGCGACUGGGAGACCUACAAAGACCAGAACGGCAGGUACUUCUACUACAACCGCUCCACCCAGGAGAGGACCUGGAAGCCGCCCCGAGCCAAGGACACCAGCACCAGAGGAGAGAACCACAGUGCAGGAGAAAGCUCUGAGACCACUCCUCUCUCGCUCUCGCCGUCUUUCCUUCCCUUCCUCUCGCUCUCCAUCGGUCGACUCCAGCCUCUGUCAUCCGAGGACACCUGCUUCAGCACCUACUCUAGCCAGUCAGACAGUCAGUAUGGCUCGCCACCGCGUGGUUGGUCGGAGGAGAUGGACGAGCACGGCCACACGCUGUACGUCAGCGACUAUACCAAUGAGAAGUGGUUAAAGCACGUGGAUGAGCAGGGCAGACCGUAUUACUACAGUGCAGAUGGUUCAAGGUCAGAAUGGGAGCUGCCAAAGUACAACAUCUCCCCUCCACAGCCGCCCGGAGACGCGCCAAAGAGUCGCAGUUUGGACAGGAAACACGUGGAGCCCAUCGUCCUGACCAAGUGGAGACACAGCGCCUACGUCCCAGACCCCAACGACAAGGACGCUCCUCUGGGUCAAAAGCCCCCCUCUCCUGACUCUGACUCCUGCCCUUCGUCUCCCAAGCCCCCCACCUCUCCGUCUGAAAAGUGCGGAGUUCUGAAUGUGACAAAGAUCACUGAACACGGCAAGAAAGUGAGGAAGAACUGGACUUCCUCCUGGACCGUGCUCCAAGGAUCCACGUUGUUAUUUGCCAAAGGCCAAGGAGGCGGGACCAGCUGGCCAUACUACCACAGUGGCUCCCUCCCUGAAUUUCUCCUGUCACUGUUGAGUAACUGGAGGCCGUCUGCUAAGAAACGUCCUGCUGUCUCCUAUGGCUGCUCUGGGCUCGACAGAGCCUCCUCUUUUGGAGGCGGUCAGUCCAAACCAGAGUUCACUGUGGAUCUGAGGGGCGGCUCGGUGGAUUGGGCUUCCAAGGACAAGUCCAGCAAGAAACACGUUAUAGAGGUGAAGACUCGGCAGGGCACGGAGCUGCUGAUCCAGUCAGAAAACGAUGUCCUGAUCAAUGACUGGUUCCGAGCGCUGCAGGACACCAUCAGCACCCAUGCCUGGGAGUCUGAUGAGGCCAUUGAAGAGGACAUGCCGGAGUCUCCUGGUGCAGAGAAACACGACAAAGAGAAAGAGCACAGAGACUCAAAGAAAGGCAGAGCCAUGAAGACCUCCACCAGCAUGGACGGCUCCGACAACAAGAAGACCAGACACAAGCUGAAGAAGUUUCUGACCCGCCGCCCGACCCUGCAGUCCGUCAGAGACAAAGGAUACAUCAAAGAUCAGGUGUUCGGCUGCAGUCUGUCCAGUUUGUGUCACAGGGAGAACACCACGGUGCCGAUUUUCGUCAGGAUGUGCAUCGACCACGUGGAGAACAACGGUCUGUGUAUAGAUGGGCUGUACAGGGUUAGUGGGAACCUGGCUGUCAUACAAAAACUUCGCUUUGCUGUUAAUCAUGAUGAGAAGGUGAACCUGGCAGACGGGAAGUGGGAGGACAUCCAUGUGACCACUGGAGCCUUAAAGAUGUACUUCAGGGAGCUGCCGGAGCCUCUCUUCACCUACGCAUUCUUCCAUGACUUUGUCAGCGGCAUCAAGAUUUCAGACUACAAGCAUCGAGUUCAGUCCAUCAAAGACCUGGUCAGACAGCUGCCGAAGCCCAACCACGACACCAUGCAGGCUCUCUUCAAACACCUCAGGAAGGUGAUCGACCACGGUGAGGAAAACCGUAUGACCACCCAGAGCGUGGCCAUCGUGUUCGGCCCCACGCUGCUGCGACCUGAAACGGAGACCUGGAACAUGGCGGUCCACAUGGUCUACCAAAACCAGAUAGUGGAGCUAAUACUGCUGGAGUACGAGAACAUUUUCGGCAGGUAGAAAGAGACGCCGGAGGAUGAGGCCUCUUUGUUUUUGUUCUCUCCCAACGCAGAGCUCUUCCUAACCCAGCAUGGCCCUGCCAAAAACAGCCCGGCCUGGCUUGGCUCAGCCUGGCCCAGCCCGGCCCGGGGGCAGCUUCUCUUCAUCUCAAACCAACCUGCGGUAACUGGCUUCUCCAAUCUCGCAACCUCCGGACCAAAAGCCACGCAAAUAUGAACCAAAACAUAGAUGUAACAAAACUAGCGACCAAAAAAGUUUUAGACUCUUUGCACUUUUCAGUAUCUCAUUUUCUUCUGCAGCUGCGUUUGUGCCACUUUACUGCAAAGGUGACGCCCUCCUGUCCCGACACUGGAUUCCUAAAACUAAUACAUGGGCCAAACAAGCCUCUAAACACUGCACAGACGGACUGAGAGCCUCAGUAGCCUCGAUCACAGAGGAGGCGUCAGUAUUGGAGGUUGGAAGCGGAGGUGCAACCCUGUAUGUACUGUACUGUAUAUUCUAUGACCUGUAUAGACCGCACUGGGGAACCGACAGAAGAAACCAAACUGCUUGGCUUUAGACGUUUAGACACUAAGAGGAGAAACAGAGUUAGAACAAGGAGAAGAAGGGAAGAUGUAGAGGUCUUUCAUUUAGGAGCUAUAUGUCAUUAAAGAACAAUUUCUGCCCUUUCCGUGCUGUUCUAUCUUUCACUUUAUUUUAAAUGUUUUGUUCCUCUUCUACCUCUUUCUAUCUCUCUUAGGGCUUGUGUACACAUAGUGUUUUUUUUACAAGUGUGUAUGAGGCAGCUAGGGCUGCCUAGAGAAAAAGCGAGAGGAAAAAUUCACAGAUUACUGAUAUAUCGCCCGCUACGGUGAAUUUUUUAGCUGAAAUGAAAAUGGGCUGAUAUUGCAUCGAUAUGAUAUAUAUGAUAAUGCUGCUUUCUCAAACAAAUAACUUUCUAAAUAUUCUUUAACAUAUAGGCUGUAUUGAACAAAUUAACACUGAGAAGGUAAAGAAUAAAUAAAAAUAUAAUAAAUUGUACAUCAGUACUGUAAAAAUGAUUUUUUUUUAAAUUUGCAUUAUAAUCAACAAUAACAAAACAGUUUUCAUGUCAGUGCAUAUUGGAAGACAUAUACAUUAUCGGUAUACAGUACCAAGAUGUCUGCGAUAGGCAAACUAUGCUGAGAGUUCUCUACUAUGUUUUGCUGUCAUUUAGCUCUUCACUACUGCCUGUUAAACCCUGGGCCGGGCUACACACACACACACACACACACAGCAGACGGUGAACCGCAUGAAGUGAAGAGAGUUAAUGACAACUUGAGUAAAACGUA